UGUUUUCUAACAAAAUAAACAAUAUCGUAGGGACCGUAAUGCUGACUUUUUUUCUUUUUUUUAAAAAUUAUUUAAAUUCAUGCGCGCUGAUCCCAGAAUUGCACACGCCCAUCUCUUUCAUCUUUCAUACAGCAAUUUGUGGAAUAUGGUAAGGGAUAUCUCCAGUUUUCUGCAACUUUUAGAACAAUAUGAAAUCUUUUUCAUUUCAUGUCCCCUGUUCUUCUCCUUGUUGGCCAUCUUCGUGGUCGUCUUCAUUCGUACCACUAACAAAAGAAACCUCUUAUUGCCACCGUCGCCGCCGAAACUCCCAAUCAUCGGAAACCUCCACAACAUCGGACGCUACCCUCAUCGCUCACUCAAGUCCUUAGCUCAACGGUUCGGUCCUCUCAUGUCGCUACGCUUCGGCAAUUUCCCCAUACUCGUCGUCUCCUCCGCUGAUGCUGCCUCUGAGAUCAAGAAAACUCAUGACUUGACAUUCGUAAACAGACCGAAACGCAGCCUCUUUCAAAAGCUUCUUUAUGACUACAAAGACGUGGCGUCGGCACCUUACGGUGAGUAUUGGAGGCAAAUGAAAAGUAUAUGCGUAGUAAAUCUUUUGAGUAACAGAAGGGAUAAAUCUUAUCGAGGUGUGCGAGAAGAAGAAACGGCUCUAGCAGUGGAGAAGAUCGAAAAGUCUAGCUCUUUGUGUUCCCCGGUGAAUCUAAGCGAACUCUUUUCCGCAACCACUAACAACGUCAUCUGCAGAAUCGCUUUAGGAAGAAAAUACAGUGAAGAUACCAACAAGUUUGGUAAGCUUUUGAAUGAGUUUACGGAGUUGUUGGGUACUCCGGAUGUUGGGGAUUAUCUUCCAUGGCUUGCAUGGUUAAGCCAUGUUAAUGGACUCCAUGGUAAAGCCGAGAAAGUGGCGAAGGAGUUAGAUGAAUUUCUGGAUGGAGUGCUCGAAGAACAUAUGAAUCGGCAUGACAGACACUUAAAUGAUCAUGCAGGGAUCCAAGGUGAAUAUCAAAAAGACUUUGUGGAUAUUUUGCUGGAGAUUCAGAGGGAAAACACAGUUGGCUUCCCUUUAGAAAAAAUCAGCCUUAAGGCUCUUAUCUUGGAUACCUUUGCAGCCGGUACCGAUACGACAUACGUGGUCCUGGAGUGGGCAAUGACAGAACUCUUAAGGCACCCCAAGAUAAUGAAGAAACUUCAAAACGAGGUCAGGAAUGUUUCUGCUGAAAAUUCAAGCAUAUCAGUGGAUGAUCUCGAUAACAUGCGCUACCUAAAAGCAGUGAUCAAAGAGACUCUUCGUUUACAUCCUCCGAUUCCCUUGCUGCUUCCAACAAUAUCUACAAAAGACGUCAAGCUCAAGGGCUAUGACAUUAUCCAAGGAACUCAAGUUAUCAUCAAUGCUUGGGCAAUCGGAAGAGACCUUGCGUCAUGGGAGAAUCCGGAAGAGUUUCUUCCAGACAGGUUCUUGGAUAAUUCCAUAGAUUUCAAAGGACAACAUUUCGAGCUGAUUCCAUUCGGCUCUGGAAGGAGGAUUUGUCCGGGAAUCUUGUUUGCAAUCGCAAUAAAUGAGCUUCUCUUAGCAAAUCUUGUGCACAAGUUUGAUUGGUCAUUGCCUGGUGGAGCAAAAGAGAAGGAUUUAGACAUGACCGAAACCGGCGGCCUUACCAUACGGAAAAAAUCUCCUCUAAUCGCUGUAGCGAAUAGAUGUUCUUUCUAGUGCAAAGCCUCGUCUGUUACAGUAAGUAUUCUAAGUUACAUGUGCUUGCAAAUCUAUGCAUGUUAUUUUCCUUGCCCUAAUGCAUUAAAUUUCUCUACUUGUAGCAUCUGAAAACUAGAUUUUAAGUGAACGGAAUGGCUUUCAAUUGAUACCA